GAAAUUCAGUGAGAAAAAGGGCGAAUUAUUAUGAUGAUGAAAAUAGUGGUCUGAUGUGGAAUCAACAAAUUAUAAUAGCGUGAUUGUUUUGUUAAACUCAACCCACUUUAAUCAGUUGUUUGGAACAGCAAAAAUAAACUAAUGAUGCAAUGUUCUGUAACCUCUUUACGCAUUCUCUAAGUUAUUUUGAUAACCGCUUUAUUUGAACCUAAAGGAUUACCAAAUUUAUUGUAUUUUGUUUAAUUUAGACAAAAAACUAUUUUUUUGUAUAACUGAAGCUUUUUAAUUUCUAUCUGAUCGCAUAUUAAUUGAUUGUAAACAUAAAUUUACUGAGGUAACCUUAUAACAAUCAUUGAAGAUUUAACAUCUGAUGUACAGUUUCACAUAAAUUUCAUCCUCGUGCACAUCAAUGACACAAUAGUCGGAAAGUCUCAACAAGCAGAACAAUUAAAGCCUGAUGGAAUUGGUGAUCUUUGGACUUCUCCAUUGCUUUCAACAAGCUGAUCACUAGGCUGGAAAGGGACAAAAUCAUGGGACUUAAGAAACCAUUUGGUGGUAGGGAUGAUGAUGGAGAAUUUUAAGUUCAAAAGACUAAUACCAUGAAAAUUCUAGGACUCUUUACAUGCACCUAUUGAUGACGAUCAUUCAGUGAAAAUAAGGAAGAAAUGACGCAGACGAUGUUUACAAACUCUCAAAAUUUCUUGUUUACCCAGAAACAAAGGUUAUGCAGUCAAAGAAGAGGAUUAAAAAUUCAGCUUGAAUGAAUAACAUGAUGAUCAACAUCAUCAGGUUAACGUCAAAGGGGCUCAACUAGUAACAACGAUUACUUCUAACAUUAAAUCUAUAUCAAGCUGCAAGCUGUUCAUACGAUUCCCGAUUACCUUGAAUUGUAAACUAAUUGACAAUCUGUUGUACGAGGAAGCAAUGCCAAAUUGAAUGGCAAUCAAAACGACCAUUCUCGGAUGAAAAAUAAAUGUGUUCAUCUUUGGAAAAGAAAUCUGCUUAUUCUGUGUUUCAUGUCAAGUUGAUUGUUCAAUAGUCUAACUAAAUCAUAUCUGGUGGUCUGAUUAUCGGUGCUCAAACGAUUCUCACAAUUCUUGAUUCAAUCACCUCACCUUUCAAGAGUCGAACCUAAAUCCAACUCUUUUUAUAUCAAUGGGGCAAAUCGUACAUUAGAGUGGUUUCCUGGCUUGUCGAUGCAUUCCUAUCAGUAUAAUAUUAUAAAUAGAUUUUUGCAUCUCAACAUUUUUCUUUAACAAUCAUUGGAUAUCCUUAGGCUUUAAUCUUUCCAUCUCUUCAGAACAAGGAAACGAUAAAACUCCAAUCAAUGCUGUUGAAAACUUAAAUUCAUGACUCUUGCUUACCAAUUGUCAUCAUAGAAACACUCUUCAAUUUCAAUGACAACAACUCAGGUUAAACAAGAAACUGAACUCACAUAACAUUAUUAAUAAUGUAUCACUAAUCAAUUGUUUUUCCCUAUUUAUUAUCUUAGCUGGAGUAACAAUCAGUAACGGUAAGGGGUCAAAACAGAGAAACCAAAAUAGAGAAAGUCAAAAUAACGAAGGUCUAAACAGAGAAAGCCAAAAUAGCGAAAGAUAAUAAGGCGUUUAAAUUAAAGAAGCUUAACAAUUAAACUGAUUAAACUAUUUUCAUAGAAUUAGGUGAAAGGUAACUCAAUGCUUUGUUUAUCAUAAACUAAACUUGUUCAAUUCAUUUAGUUGGCAAUUUUUCAUUGUUUUAUUCAAUCUUUUUCAAUCAAAUUUUUUACUCAAUCAUGGCUAAUUAUGAACUAAUUAAAUCCAACAAAGGUGGCAAUUUUUUAGUUUUGUGCAAUAACAUCCAUCGAAAGACCAAAGUAAUUGAUGAUAAAUCAUAUUGGUCAUGCAUUCAGCCAAAUUGUAAAGGCAAAGUUAAUUUAAUUGGUGAUACCAUUUCUUCUAUUACUGAACACUCUCAUGAACCAGAUACUGCAAAGUUAAUUGAAAUUAAGCAAAGAAAUGCUGCAAAAGAGAUUGCUAAAAGUGAUAAUUAUUGUAAUUUGAAAUUAACUUAUCACAGUGCAACUAACAAAGUUUUGAACACAAUUCCAGUGCCUCAAGAGGAAAUCGCUCCGGCCCUGAAAAGUUUUCAUCAUAUGAAGAGGACAAUUGCUCGAGCUCGAGCUUCACGUUUCCCAAGUUUGCCUAAAUCAUUGAACGAUAUUGAAAUACCUUCUAAUCUACAAUUCAGCUCCACGGAGAAGUUUUUCAAAGUUUCAGAUGGUGGUAAUGAUAAAAUUCUUUUUUUCGCUACUGAUGCCUUUUUACGUCAUUUGUGUGAAGCGAAUCAUGUUUACGCCGAUGGGACUUUCAAGAGUGUUCCGCUAUUAUUCCAUUCUCUCUAUACUCUUCAUGUAAUGAGAAAUGAGGUCAUGAUUCCCGUCGUUUACGCCUUGAUACCAGACGCUUCUAUGCAAACUUAUAUCAGACUUUUCAGGCUAGUUCAAGAUGCUUGCACAAGUUUGGGAUUGAUCUGGCAGCCAACAAAAUUUACGACCGACUUCGAAAUUGCCACAAUCAAGGCAAUCAAUAUAAUUUUCCCAUUCUGCGAAUUGAAAUGCUGCCUAUUUCACUUCAGCCAAAGUCUAUGGAGAAAUGUUGGUAAAUUCGGUUUGGUAAAUCGUUACAAGGCCAAUGAUGACAAUGUUAAACUCUCCGUUAAAAGAAUAUCGGCUCUGCCAUUUCUGAAAACCGAAGAUAUUGUUGAUGCGUACAAUGCAAUAAAGGCCUCAGCGCCAGACGAUGAUGAUAUGAUUGGUUUUUUGACCUACUUCGAGACACAUAUUUGUAUGGUGACCCUAGAUUCCCGAAAGAAAUAUGGAAUCAUUAUGCAGAUAGUGACCCGAGAACCAAUAAUCAUGUUGAAGGAUGGCAUCAUGGACUAA